AUGCCCGGCUCCGUCGACCCCAAAACCCCCACCGAGCACUCGCCGAGGCAUUCGCCGCGCAUCGAGCUCCCGGAGGAGGAGGAGGGCUCCCCGCGUCACGAUGGCCAGGCCAGCCCUGGUAUGAGGAAUAGCAAAGGAUGGGAUGGCAAGCUCAGGGUACAGCGGACCGCCGUCCUCGCGAACCCCGAGGUGCUCUCAGACCCGGAGUCUGACGACGAGAACGUGGUGCCGGGCGAGGAACUCCCCGCGGAUGAAGGCAAGUUUGCUGAUGCCCUCACUCCUCCAUACCUCCUUGACGGCGAAGAUCUAGACACUGACGAGCUCAUCGUCUCCCACGCCCGCGUCGCCUCCAUCCCCGCCCUCCGCCUCGAGCGCUUCACAAAAGUAGUCCGCCUGUGCCUCCGCCAGAACAGCAUCCAGGACAUCGACGGCCUCUCCGCCCUCGCCCCGACGCUCGAGGACCUCGACUUCUACGACAACCUCAUAUCCCACAUCCGCGGCCUCGAGGACCUCACCAGCCUCACCAGCCUCGACCUCAGCUUCAACAAGAUCAAGCACAUCAAGCGCGUCAACCACCUCACCAAGCUCAAGGAGCUCUUCCUCGUUGCCAACAAGGUCGGCACCAUCGAGAACCUCGACGGCCUCGUCAACCUCACCAGCCUCGAGCUCGGCUCCAACCGCAUCCGCGUCCUCCAGAACCUCGACUCCCUCAAGAACCUCGAGGAGCUCUGGGUCGCAAAGAACAAAAUCACAGAGCUCACCGGCCUCGGCGGUCUGCCCAACCUCAGGCUCCUCAGCAUCCAGUCCAACCGCAUCCGCGACCUCUCGCCCCUCAAGGACGUGCCCAGCCUCGAGGAGCUGUACAUCUCCCACAACGCCCUCACCUCCCUCGAGGGCAUCGAGCAGAAUGAGAAGCUGCGCGUGCUCGACAUCUCCAACAACGCCGUCGCGAGCGUCAAGGGCCUCAAGCCGCUCAAGAACCUUGAGGAGUUCUGGGCCAGCUACAACCAGAUUUCCGACUUUAACGAGGUCGAGAAGGAGCUGAAGGACAAGGAGCACCUGACGACCGUCUACUUCGAGGGCAACCCGUUGCAACUCAGGGGGCCGGCCGUGUACCGCAACAAAGUCCGUCUGGCGCUGCCCCAAUUAUCCCAGAUCGACGCAACCUUUGUCCGAUCAUAG